GGUGGCGGUUUGGGGGGGUGGGGGGGCAGGCGGCCGCCAUCUUCUCGCCGAGGCCGCCUCGCCCGCCGCGCGCGCCCGUCCGGCAGCGCACGGGUUAAGGCUGGCACCGCGCCCGGCGGGAGGGGGGCGCCCACCUCCCCUCCCCCCCCGCGCCGGGCAUGCGGGGCCCGCUGGGCACCGAGGAGGAGCUGCCGCGGCUGUUCGCCGGGGAGAUGGAGAACGAAGAGCAGAUGUCAGAGGAAGAGGAUGGUGGCCUUGAAGGCUUCGAGGACUUCUUCCCUGUGGAGCCCGUGAGCCUCCCCAAGAAGAAGAAAUCCAAGAAGCUGAAGGAGAGCAGGUCCAAGGGGAAGCGGAAGAAGAAGGAGGGGAGCCAUGACGAGCUGUCGGAGAACGAGGAGGAUCUGGAAGAGAAGUCGGAGAGUGAGGGCAGCGACUACUCCCCUAAUAAGAAGAAGAAGAAGAAACUCAAGGACAAGAGGGAGAAAAAAGCCAAGCGAAAACGGAAGGAAGAGGAGGAGGAGGAGAACGACGAUGGAUGCUUGAAGGAGCCCAAGUCCUCGGGGCAGCUGAUGGCCGAGUGGGGCCUGGACGACGUGGACUACCUGUUCUCGGAGGAGGACUACCACACGCUGACCAACUACAAGGCCUUCAGCCAGUUCCUCCGGCCGCUCAUCGCCAAGAAGAACCCCAAGAUCCCCAUGUCCAAGAUGAUGACCGUCCUGGGCGCCAAGUGGCGGGAGUUCAGCGCCAACAACCCCUUCAAGGGCAGCUCGGCGGCGGCGGCGGCAGCGGCAGUGGCUGCGGCUGUGGAGACGGUCACCAUCGCCCCUCCGCUGGCCAUCAGCCCCCAGCAGGUGCCCCAGCCUGUGCCCAUCCGCAAGGCCAAGACCAAGGAGGGCAAGGGGCCCGGGGUGAGGAAGAAGAUCAAGAGCUCCAAAGACGCCAAGAAGAAGGGCAAGGGCAAGAAGGCGGCCGGGCUCAAGUUCCGCUUCGGAGGGAUGGGCACCAAGAGGAAGAAGGGCUCCUCGAGUGAGGAGGAGGAGCGGGAGGAGUCGGACUUCGACAGCGCCAGCAUCCACAGCUCCUCCGUGCGCUCCGAGUGCUCUGCAGCCCUGGGCAAGAAGAGCAAGAGGAGGCGCAAGAAGAAGAGGAUUGACGACGGUGAUGGCUACGAGACGGACCACCAGGACUACUGUGAAGUGUGCCAGCAGGGAGGGGAGAUCAUCCUAUGUGACACCUGCCCCAGGGCCUACCACCUCGUCUGCCUCGACCCAGAGCUGGAGAAGGCUCCCGAGGGCAAGUGGAGCUGCCCGCACUGUGAGAAGGAGGGGAUCCAGUGGGAGCCCAAGGACGACGAGGACGAGGAGGAGGAGGGCGGCUGCGAGGAGGAGGAGGACGACCACAUGGAGUUCUGCCGCGUGUGCAAGGACGGCGGCGAGCUGCUCUGCUGCGACGCCUGCCCCUCCUCCUACCACCUGCACUGCCUCAACCCGCCGCUGCCCGAGAUCCCAAACGGUGAAUGGCUCUGCCCGCGCUGUACUUGUCCCCCGCUGAAGGGCAAAGUCCAGCGGAUCCUGCACUGGCGGUGGACAGAGCCCCCCGCCCCCUUCGUGGUGGGCCUGCCGGGACCCGACGUGGAGCCAGGCGCCCCCCGGCCCAAGCCCCUGGAGGGCAUCCCCGAGAGGGAGUUCUUCGUCAAGUGGGCGGGGCUCUCCUACUGGCACUGCUCCUGGGUGAAGGAGCUCCAGCUGGAGCUCUACCACACGGUGAUGUAUCGCAACUACCAAAGGAAGAAUGACAUGGACGAGCCGCCGCCCUUCGACUACGGCUCCGGGGACGAGGACGGCAAGAGCGAGAAGAGGAAGAACAAGGACCCCGUGUACGCCAAGAUGGAGGAGCGCUUCUACCGCUACGGCGUCAAGCCCGAGUGGAUGAUGGUGCACCGGAUCCUGAACCACAGCUUCGACAAAAAGGGGGACGUGCACUACCUGAUCAAGUGGAAAGACCUGCCCUACGACCAGUGCACCUGGGAGAUCGACGACAUCGACAUCCCCUACUACGACAACCUGAAGCAGGCCUACUGGGGCCACAGGGAGCUGAUGCUCGGGGAGGACUCGAGGGUGCCCAAGAGGCUGGUGAAGAAAGGCAAGAAGCUGAAGGAGGAGAAGCAGGAGAAGCCGCCAGACACGCCCAUGGUGGACCCCACGGUCAAGUUUGAUAAGCAGCCGUGGUACAUCGACUCCACGGGCGGCACGCUGCACCCGUACCAGCUGGAGGGCCUGAACUGGCUGCGGUUCUCGUGGGCCCAGGGCACCGACACCAUCCUGGCCGACGAGAUGGGGCUGGGCAAGACGGUGCAGACGAUCGUGUUCCUCUACUCCCUGUACAAGGAGGGCCACUCCAAGGGGCCCUACCUGGUCAGCGCGCCCUUGUCUACCAUCAUCAACUGGGAGCGCGAAUUCGAGAUGUGGGCGCCCGACUUCUACGUGGUCACCUACACGGGCGACAAGGAGAGCCGCUCCGUGAUCCGCGAGAACGAGUUCUCCUUCGAGGACAACGCCAUUCGGAGCGGGAAGAAGGUGUUUCGCAUGAAGAAAGAAGUGCAGAUCAAGUUCCAUGUGUUGCUCACCUCGUACGAGCUCAUCACCAUCGACCAGGCCAUCCUGGGCUCCAUCGAGUGGGCCUGCCUCGUGGUGGACGAGGCCCACCGGCUCAAGAACAACCAGUCCAAGUUCUUCAGGGUCUUGAACAGCUACAAGAUCGAUUACAAACUGCUGCUGACGGGGACCCCCCUGCAGAACAACCUGGAGGAGCUCUUCCACCUGCUCAACUUCCUGACGCCCGAGCGGUUCAACAACCUGGAGGGCUUCCUGGAGGAGUUUGCUGACAUCUCCAAGGAGGACCAGAUUAAGAAGCUGCACGACCUGCUGGGGCCGCACAUGCUACGGCGGCUCAAGGCUGACGUCUUCAAGAACAUGCCGGCCAAGACCGAGCUCAUCGUCCGCGUGGAGCUGAGCCAGAUGCAGAAGAAGUACUACAAGUUCAUCCUCACGCGCAACUUCGAGGCGCUCAACUCCAAAGGGGGCGGGAACCAGGUCUCACUGCUCAACAUCAUGAUGGACUUGAAGAAGUGCUGCAACCACCCCUACCUCUUCCCCGUGGCCGCCGUGGAGGCCCCCGUCCUGCCCAACGGCUCCUACGACGGCAGCUCCCUGGUCAAGUCGUCCGGGAAGCUCAUGCUGCUGCAGAAGAUGCUCAAGAAGCUGCGGGACGAGGGCCACCGCGUGCUCAUCUUCUCCCAGAUGACCAAGAUGCUGGACCUGCUGGAGGACUUCCUGGAGUACGAAGGCUACAAGUACGAGCGCAUCGACGGCGGCAUCACCGGGGGGCUGCGGCAGGAGGCGAUCGACAGAUUCAACGCCCCUGGGGCCCAGCAGUUCUGCUUCCUCCUCUCGACCCGGGCGGGCGGCCUGGGCAUCAACCUGGCCACGGCGGACACUGUCAUCAUCUACGACUCGGACUGGAACCCGCACAAUGACAUCCAGGCCUUCAGCCGUGCCCACCGCAUCGGGCAGAACAAGAAGGUGAUGAUCUACCGCUUCGUGACGCGGGCCUCGGUGGAGGAGCGCAUCACGCAGGUGGCCAAGCGCAAGAUGAUGCUGACGCACCUGGUGGUGCGGCCCGGCCUGGGCUCCAAGUCGGGCUCCAUGACCAAGCAGGAGCUGGACGACAUCCUCAAGUUCGGCACCGAGGAGCUGUUCAAGGAUGACGUGGAGGGCAUGAUGUGUCAGGGCCAGAGGCCGGCCACGCCCGUCCCUGACGUCCAGUCCUCCAAGGGCGGGGCCCUGGCCGCCAGCGCCAAGAAAAAGCAUGGGAGCACCCCCCCAG